AGGGACCACAUUAUAAAGCCCUAUAAAAUCAUGCCACACACUGCUCACAGCAACAUCAGCAAAUCAUUGUGGGUAAAAAGCUCAGAAUGGGACUAAGGAAAGGUUUCCUUCUAUUAUUUGCUUUUCUGGUUAUUUUUUCAGAAAAAUCUAUUGGUGUCCAACUUAAUAGUGGUGGUUAUGACAAUAUUUUAAUUGCAAUAGACCCCGAUGUGUCAGAAGAUAUCAGAAUCCUUGAAAACAUCCAGGAUAUGGUGAAGGAGGCUACACAUUAUUUGUUUAAUGCUACAAAGAAAAGGAUUUUUAUAAGAAGUGUUAAAAUUCUGAUUCCUGUUACAUGGACCUCAAAAGAUAUAUAUCAAUUGCGUCAGAGAGAAACAUAUGAAAAGGCAGAAGUUGUAAUUGCUAACCCUUAUCUAAAAUAUGGUGAUGACCCAUACACUUUACAAUAUGGCGACUGUGGAGAACAGGGUAAAUACAUUCAUCUGACACCUGGCUUUCUUCUCAAAGACAAUCUGAUCUCUGUGUAUGGGCCAAGAGGGAGAGUAUUUGUCCAUGAAUGGGCUCACCUACGAUGGGGGGUAUUUGAUGAAUACAACAGUGAUAAACCAUAUUAUAUUUCUGGAAAUCUUACAAUAGAAGCAACAAGGUGUUCAGUUCAUGUUAAUGGUACAAAUGUGAUGGUUAAACGCACAGGACAGUCGUGUGAAGCAAGGACUUGCAAAUAUGACCCUCACACAAAUCUUUUUGAGAAAGGAUGUGCUUUUUUCCCCAAAAAGAACCAGCUCACACGAGAAUCAAUCAUGCAUAUGCAGGCACUGCCUUCUGUAUCUGAGUUCUGUGAUGAAAGUAACCAUAAUAUUGAAGCUCCAACUCCACAAAAUAAAAUAUGUAACUCUAGAAGUAUCUGGGACAUCAUUAGAACAUCCCAAGACAUAAUUUCUACACCUCCAAUGGAAAACAACAUUUACCCAGAACCUUCCUUCUCAUUCCUGCAGUACAAAGGACGGGUGGUCACAUUACUGAUUGAUGUUUCAGGAACAAUGGGUGGUAAUAAUCGCAUUGGGCGAGUGUUCCAGGCGGCUGAUAUCUUUCUUACUCAGAUUAUUGAAACAGGAUCUUAUAUUGGGAUUGUUGAGUUUUCAUCUUAUGGGUUCAAACUUUCAGAUCUAAAACCAAUAAUCAGCAAUGAGGACCGUGAAAAUAUGAAAUUACUUAUUCCACAUACGACAACAAAUCGUGAAUCGAACACUUGUGAAGGACUCAGAUGUGCCCUUGAGGUUAACAAACAUCUCUAUGGCUCAGCGUAUGGGACUGAGAUAAUAUUGGUCACAGAUGAAGAAGACAGUAGUAUCAUUAACUCUUGCAACUCUGAAUUAAGUGCCAGCGGAUCAGCCAUCCAUAUUAUAGCUCUGGGAAAACAAGCAGCACCAAAACUCGACCUAAUCACUGAUAUGACAGGUGGAUUGAAGUAUUUUGCAACAGAUAAAAUAGAUACAAAUGAUCUGAUUGAUGCUUUCACUGGAAUGUCGGCUCAAAAUGGGAAUAUUUUUCAGAAACCAAUUCAGCUAGAAAGCACAAGUUUGUAUGCUGAGCCAGACGAGUGUUUGAAUGGAACAGUUUUUGUCGAUGAAACAGUGGGGAAUGAGACAUGUUUUGUAAUAACCUGGCAGAUGUCAGAACCAACCAUCAAUCUGGUAGACCCCCAGGGGAAAAUAUUUACUGGUGAGCAAUUCACCAGUAACUUAAAUUCAAACUUGUCUAGGUUUCAGAUCCCAGGCACAGCAGAGAAUGGACCUUGGGCUUACAGUGUUUGCAACCAUAUGAAUUCACCUCAAGCUAUAGGUAUCAUUGUGACCUCCAAGGCUGCUAAUGAAAGUAUGCCUCCUUUGACUGUAACUGUGUUCGUUAACACAGCCACAAGGAAAUAUCCGAAAGCGGUUGCAGUCUAUGCGUCAGUAAAUCGUGGUUUACUACCUGUGAAGGGAGCCAAAGUAACAGCAUUCAUAGAGCAUGAAAGUGGAAGAUCCUUAACUUUAGAGCUCUUUGACAAUGGAGCAGGGGCUGAUAUUGCAAAAAAUGAUGGCAUAUACUCAAAAUAUUUUAUUAAUUGCACUGGAAAUGGAAGAUAUAAAAUAAAAGUACGUGCUGAGGGGAAAGCUGCUAAAAGCAGACUAGCAAUCACGAAUAAUGCGCUUUACCUACCAGGUUAUGUGGAAAAUAGUAAGAUAUUUUUGAACCCUGAAAGGCCUACACAGAAAGAUGACGUGCAGCUUGUACUGGGAUCAUUUACCAGGAUAGCUACAAAUGGUUCCUUUACAAUAUCUAAUAUCUACAUAGAUUCUACACAGGACAACUAUAAACCCUGCAAAAUAACAGACUUGGAGGCAAAGAUAGAAAUAAAUAAAUUUGUAUUAACCUGGACAGCAACUGGGGAUGAUCUGGACCAAGGCAAAGCUUCAAGCUAUGACCUCAGAAUGAGCGUCAGUCUCCGGGAAUUAAGAGACAAUUUUGCUGAUUGUUCUUCAGUAGACAUCUCCAUUGCACCCCAGUCUGCUGGAUCACGGGAAACCUUUGAAUUUGUGCCACCAGAUUUAUCUAUUAAAAAUGGCACUAAUUUUUAUUUUGCCCUGGUUGCCAUUGAUAAAACUUCUAAAAUAUCAGACAUGUCUAAUAUUGCACAAGCUGUCGUUUUAAUUCCCCCAACCCCUGCCACCCUCACAAAGCAAAACCGUAGCACAGGGAUCUGACCAUAACCGACUUGUUUCCAUGAACCCACAACAAAGGGUCCAAUCACCAGUUCUUUAAUAUUAUGGGCAUAUGGGAAACAUUGCACUGAAUUGUCUUCUUCAGGUAGAUGGAAGGAGGCUCAGAAAGUACUCCUUAUACUUAUACUCCAUAUACUUACAUGCAAUAGAUUGCGAUAAAGUCUAAAAAAUCAGCAGCUUUACUGGAGUCUGAUACCUUCUCUAAUUUUGUGCCUAUUAUCUCAUCCACACUGUGUAAACUGUUUCACAUGGCUUACUAAAGUCUUGUGCCAGAGAUAUAGCCUAAUCAUGCCAAACUAAUGCCAAUUGCUUUUGUCACGAAUUAUGUGAAAUUAUGCCAUAAACUUGUAUAGUGGGUGAGAUGUGACCAACAAUGUGGAUACAAAUACUGUAUAUACAUAUAGAUAUAUACAUAUUAUAUAUAUUACUAGUGAAUCAGUAAUACAAAAUGAAAACAAUAGAUAACUAAUUUAAAUUGACCAUAAUUCAUUUUAUAAUGCAUUUAUAAAGUGGUGGUAAUUUCUUUAUUAAAAUUAUGCAUUUAUAAUUCAUAUAUUCAUUGUUGUCCUUUGCAAUGAUGCCAAAAAAGGACAAAGAUUACACAGUUAGGGUCUGAUUUAUCAAAUUCUGAAUUUUCGGCUGUUUCUAAGUACGAUUGGCAAAAUUUUGUAUUAAUAACGAUAAUUUCGGAUGUGUGUAAAUUGCACAAAAAUUUGUAUCGUGGCUGUACGAAAAAUAUUGUGGUUACGAUCUGAAAGUUACAAAAUUUUCAUAUCACAACCACCAUAAAUGGCGUAAAAACCCUUUCUGACUUUGAAACUUCAAUGCAUGAUUUUGGAAGCUUUCCA